GCCAAAGACGGCAGCACAUCUGGGCGAUACUUCCUCGGAGGUUAAUCAGGCUGACAUUGUACAGUCAGCCCGGCGCUUACUGUGCUUACUAACAUCGGCUGAAAGACAGCUGGGCACAGCUAAUAGUGAUGUCAUUAAUCAUACUACAGGAGAACAGAGGCAGAACAGCCACAAUGACAGUUCAGUCAGUCGUUCUGCAAGACCAUCAGAUGGAAAUGACAAGAUCCUUUCCAGGUAUGUUUUCCAGGGGCAGAGGAAAGCGACGCUUUCCUGCAGCAAAUUCAGUUCCCGUAAAGGAAAUCAAACCGUUGGAAGUGGCCUUUUAUUAGCUGCCAAAGCAGUGUGAGAAAACUCCAAAAGAGGAGGAGCAGAUAGUCCACGUGCAGGCAGGGUUGAGCCGUAGAACUGCUCAUCUAGAUGAAAGUACAACACAUGAAGAGCUAUGUGAUGCUCUCAAGGUUUUGUUUCCAAAACUGGGGACUGUUACAGGCUGCUGUUUAAGUAUGGAGGUGGAUGGGGGAGCCGAAAACUCUCUUUAGUGGCUCCUGAUGAUGCCGGCUACACUGGGAGGAUCUUAAAAUGUGCAAACAAGGGUGGGAGUAAAACUCUGUUCAUAGCCCCAAUCCAAGAAGAGCUCAGUACAGAUCCUCUACAAGUAACUGAUGAAGCAUUCAGCAACAUGCCAAACGCCACUUGUCAUAAUUGUGGAGUAGCAGUUCCUCUUCAACUGCUCACAGAACACAUCGAGUCUUGUACUGUCAUUGAUGGCUGUGACAAUAACCUCACAAUAAUAAACCAGUGAUGAAAGAAUCAUUGCAGCAAUGUCCUGUCUGCACAAAAAUGUUUUCCACUGACUUAAUUGAGGUACAUGCUUCCUCGUGUGGCGAAGGUGCAGGAAAUGAGGGAAUGCAGUGAGGAGGAGCAAGCAGCAAUGCCAGGACCAUCUGGAGCUUUUCCAGCUGUCAGUGAUGGCUGGCUAAAUAUCAGUGACCCUAAUACGGCUAUAUCUGCCUGCACAGCUUAUUUUCUCCAUAUUCAUGAAAUGGAAAGUCCAUUACUUCUAAGCAUGGACAUGAGAAAGAGUCCUGCUGAACAGGACCUGGCACUUAUUUCUUCCUACAAGCGGCCUAAUGUGGAAUGGGUACGUCCCCUGAAUUGCAGACUUGAAGGAGAUACUGCUAUUGGAGAGGGAGCCACUCGCUUUUUCAUGUAUGGAACAUGUAUGGAAAAGCUGAAGUCUGGGUGUUGUAUCAGUUUUGGAAAGUCCAAUGUUACACGGCUUUUUGAAGGAGAGCCUGGCCAUUUAGUUCCCUCAGCCUCUCACUUUCUUGUGGAGAGUGAUAUGUUCCUUGUGGCAGGUAGAAUGGUUGUCUACUCCUUUCUUCAUGGAGAACCUUGCUUGUCUGGACUCAGCCCUGCUGUUCUUCAUGUCCUGCUUGGUGGGAGCCCUGAAACUGUAACAGUUACACUAGAGGACUGCCCAGACCUGGACAUUAGAGGCAAUCAAGCUUCUUGAAGGGGAAGCAAAACUCUCUGAUGCUGAAAGAACGAGUGUCCAGGACUUGGCUUAUGCCUGGGACCUCCCUUCCCUGACUGAGAAUAAUCAAAAAUUGCUUUUUGAGAAGCUAUUGAUCCAUGCUGUGUGUGAAAAGAUUUUGUUAGCUAAAUAAUGAGAUGUCUGGGUAUAUUGUCUUUUCUUUGGACAGUGCUUACCAAGCGACCUGACACAGUAGGCUUGUUUUCUCCAAGUGAGGGAAUAGGCAGCAUUUGUCCAGAGGUAUUUCUCCAACGCAUCACUUGGCCAGCAGAGGAGGAUGAUGCAGAUGAUGAUUGGGCUGGUGAAACCAAAUGCCGCAUCUCAGGGUAUCUUCGAGAGUUUAUUACAAAUGGAAUAACAACAGAUCUGAUGAAUCUGGUCAAAUUCUGGACCGGAUGGGAGAUUCUUCCAACAACUCUCUCUGUGGAGAUAGUCAAAGGUAGAAAUCCCACAGCCUCCACCUGCUACGAGACCUCGCGAAUUCCUGGACACUACAAGGAUUACAUGUCUUUUAAGAGCGAUAUCCUUGCCUGUAUCAGCACCUGCAAUACAGGGUUCGGUCUUGUGUGAGCUCAACAUUUUGUUUUUCCGUUUUCCGAAAAAGAUGACAAAAAUAUUUGUAGUAUGUUAAAUCAUGAUCAAUAUUAAGAGAAAAAAAUCAUUAAAUGAUUGUGAAAUUCAAGCAAAACAUACCUGUAUCGUUUCAGUAUCAUUCAGUAUGUCAUCAGUAUUGUAUCGGUUUUGCUGAUACUUGCCCUUUUUUUCACUUGGUAUCAGAUUUAAACCAAAAUUUGCAGUAAAAUUAAUUAUCAGGCGGGACAUAUGUCUGUGAUGUUGCAGACACAGCAGUGUGGUGCCAAUAUCUCAGCUGACAGGACGCACCACUUAGGACUUGUUGGAAGUUGGUAAAGAUCAGGUCCUACCAUCCCUACCCAAUUCUACACCUAUGAUUAGGCAUAUGGGUUACAUGCACUGGUUUAUUAUUGGCCAGAUGAAUUGCUGUGUAAAAUAUAGGCCAAGCUUCAGCUAGAACAGAUUUUUCAGUUAUAUGAAACUUAAAGCUUGUCUUAUGUAUUGACUUCAAAUGCUGUAUCAGUCCUAAUGCAAACAGUUUGCCAGAGGAGAGUUACAGACAAAGCAAAAUGAUCAGAGAUGGUUCACACUCAGCACAGUGACUGCAUUCUCAUGCAAUUCUUUUCAAGCCACUUUCGGUUGCUGUAAGUUUUUUUUAAAGCUUUUUAGUAGGGAACCAAAUGAGAUAUGUGGUUUUUACUGUGAGACCAAGCAGAAGACAUUUAGCUUUACCAGAGGCUUUAGCUUCAUGAGAACAGAUUACCAUUGGCAUAGAAUUCAGUACGGACAAUAAGGACAUGUCUAGGGUAGUGAUGGUUUAAUGAAGCCCCGUGAAUGUGUUGAAUCUUUCUAAGCAACUGCCUUGUCAAAAGUGUCAUUACUCGAGGCCCCAUUUAAUAGCUCAUUUGGUAGUACUGACAUCUGCUGGUCAUUUGAUGGUCACAUGAUGUUCAGGAAAAUAAUACAGACUUUAGGCUUCAUUUGGACACGUCCCCUUUACUCGAUGCAAGCUUUGGGGUUUUUGUGUCAGCCGAACAAUCACUAGUCUAGGGUUGGGCAUCAUUUGAAUUUAAACUGUUCUGGUUCCGAUUCCGGUUCCGUGUUUCGAUUCCGGUUCCUAAUGAUUCUCGAUUCCAAUUGUUUUAAGAUUCAGGGUCAAAAUAGUUUUCAUGUUUUCAAUGAGCUAGCUAACCAGAUGUCUUUCUGGAUGAAAUGGUCUGAACUUCUCCAUGAAUUUUAUUUCUAUAAACUUUUUACUUUUUAUGAACUUUACUAUGAAGAUCUCACAGGGCUGUUUUCAACUAGUAUCAAAUCUAUGAACUUGAACAUAAAUAUUAUAAACUUUCUUUUCACAGGGGUAUAUUUUUCACAAGGUAGCUUUAUUUUUACCUAUUUAUUUUAACCUAUAUAAUAUCAGCCAUCAUACACUUACACUCUCCUCCUUAAACGCAUUCUCCUCUGCCUCAUUCUCGGGCCUUUUCUCAGAUGGUGUCCCCAUCAGCUUCAGUUUUCUCUGUUAACUACAAAGAACACUAGCUUUUAGAUCUGAGAUUUUAAAAAAUGAGAAGGAAAGUUGUGCAUGUUAUUGUUAUUGUGUUUUUUACUUUGCCAUGCACUUCAGGGCUACCGUAGUUGUGUUUGUGUAUUUGUGUGUGAAAAUUUUUAUCUUUCUUGUUGUUGGAGCGUGGGAGCUCUUUUUGAAUUUGAACUUCAGUCAUGUAAUUCACUUAAAACCUUCAAAACAGCCUUGAAGUUUGGACAUUUCUUCGACCGUGUUUUGGUUUUGCAGUAACUCGGCUUUCUUCAUCAAGUGUAGGGUCAAAUAUCUGCGAUCCUACAUCCUCCCUGACUUUCUGAUUUUGUUCCUUGAGGUCCUUAAUUUCUUUCUGCAGUGAUUUGAUUUUAUUUGUCAUCAAAUCACAUGUGGAUUCCAAGAACUUCCGUUCUUGUAAAUUGUCUUGGAGUUUUUGAUUUUGUUCUUUAAACUCCUGAUUUUGUUUCUGCAGCAAUUUAACCUUGCUUUCCAUCACAUCACAUGUGGAUUGAAUGAAUUUUAGUCCUUGCAAAUCCUCCCUCAGUUUCUGAUUUUGUUCUCUGAGGUCCUGUUUUUGUUGUUCUUUUAAGUUCACCUUGCUUUCCAUCACAUCACAUGUGGAUUCAAUGAAUUUUAGUCCUUGCAAAUCCUCCCUCAGCUUCUGAUUGUUUUCUUCUAAGAAUGUGUUUUUCUUUUCAAUCAAGGCACAGUUUGUCUUUGAUUCCUCUAAAUCCUUUUGGAACUUCUGAACUUGCCAUUUAAGUACCAAGUUUUUUCUCUGGAUUUCAUCUCUAUCAUCCUUCAUUAACUGUUCAGCCUGAUAAGGUGACUGUUUGGCUUGAUCGAGUUUCUUCUGCAGAGUCACAUUUUCCUGUGUCUUUUCCUCACAGGCGUCCACCAUUUUGUUAAGUUCCUGUCUUAACAAAUCUUUUACUGCAUCUGUACUGGCCAGAGCAGCUUCUUGAAUUCGAAGGUCCUCUUUCAGCUGCACAAUUUCAAUCUUCAGAAGUUCUUUAUCUGCUUUACUAUUUUUCUCCAUUUCUGCUAAUCUCGUCAGUGUCUGUUUGUUUUCUAAGUUUUGGGCCUCCAUCUCUGUCAGCAGAGUCAUGUUGUUUUUUUUCAGUGCGUCCAUGUCAGACGACAGCUCAUUAUUGACAGUUAACAAAUUAUUUAUUUGUAGCUGGAGAUCCUUUUUAGUUAGUUUUUUUAAGCACUUCAGGUUUUUUUUCUCUUUCUUCAUUUCUGCAAAUCUCUCCUGUGUCUGUGUGCUUUUUUGGUUUUGGGCCUCCAUCUCUGUCAGCAGAGUCGUGUUGGUUUUUUUCAGUGCGUCCAUGUCAGACGACAGCUCAUUAUUGACAGUUAACAAAUUAUUUAUUUGUAGCUGGAGAUCCUUUUUAGUUAGUUUUUUUAAGCACUUCAGGUUUUUUUUCUCAUUCUUCAUUUCUGCUAAUCUCUCCUGUGUCUGUGUGCUUUUUUGGUUUUGGGCCUCCAUCUCUGUCAGCAGAGUCGUGUUGGUUUUUUUCAGUGCGUCCAUGUCAGACGACAGCUCAUUAUUGACAGUUAACAAAUUAUUUAUUUGUAGCUGGAGAUCCCUUUCAGUUCGUUUUUGUAAGCACUUCAGUUUUUUUUUCUCAUUCUCUGCUUCUUCUAAUCUCUUCUGUGUCUCUGUGUUUAUUUGGUUUUGGGCCUCCAUCUCUGUCAGCAGAUUUGCGUUGGCUUUUUUCAGCGCGUCUUGGUCAGAUGAAAGCUUCUUAUUAAUCUUUAACAGAAGAUGCACUUGUAGCUUGAGAUUCCUAGCCUUUUGGUUUCGUGAAAGCUCCAGCUCUUUGCGAAGUUCUGCAUUUAUUUUGCGGAGUUCCUUAUUUGCAGUUUUAAGUUUAUCAUCAUCUUGCUGGAUGUUUCCUUUUGCAGACUCCUGCUUGUUGUAUUUAAACAGUUUUCUAAACAUCUUGUCAACACAAAAGCUUUUAACUGAAAUGAUAAAACUGAAUAUUGAAAUACCUUGUCCAAACGUCCUUCUCGUUUUGAGUACAAUGGCGAAAUGAGCUUCAGAACUGUUUCAGAAAAGAGUUAAACCCUUUAUGAUGUCAGUGAUUACAUCACACACAUAGAACCGCCUUGAUGUCUCCUUGACAACAUAAAUGUUCUGACAGUGAUGUUGUCAUGGAGACAUCAACAGUGUUGUAUGGUUAAAUAUGUCAAAUGUGAUUGGGCAGUUUAUGGUUUAUGAUUGUUUCUCAACUUUUUGCAGUUUAUUCAUAUUAAACAA